UUAUGCAAAUGCAAAUUCAUAUGCACCUCAUUUGCAUGUUUUCAAGUCUCCGGCAUUUGGUGCAGAUCAAUUAGUAGUAGGAUUAGUAUAUAACCACUGACUAAAAAAUAUCGUUAGAGUACAAUUAUCUGGCAAGAUGAAGACGUCGUUAAUAGUGCUGUUAUUGGCGGUAUCACAAUCGUACUCUCAGGGCCCCUACAACUACCAAAGACCAUCCAACCCUUUUGACCACAGUUCAUCGCAUUCGAAUCCUUUCUCUAGGUUUAAUAAUGGUCCAGGCUUUCACCCUUCUACUUCAGUAUCAGUAGUACCAGCGUUAAGUUAUCCUGUAAAUUCAUUAUUAGAUCAGGGAUACAACUAUCCACGCCCAAAUGGUGGUUUUGACUCCAAUUUAGGUUCACCGUCGUCGAAUUCACCUAAUUUCAAUUCAGGAGGUAACGGUGGUUACAACUAUCAAUCUCCAAAUCCCGGAUUCCUUCUACCAUCUGCUACAAGAAAUGUAAACUUCAAUUCAGGAUUUAACGAUGGACCCAGUUCUGGGUCACACCAUUCUGGUUCAUUUUUAUCUUCUUCGUCAAAUGGCGUUAAUUCAGGAUUGAAUGGUGGAUACAAUUAUCCUAUCCCAAAUAGCGGAUCGCACAAUUCUGGUUCCCUAUUACCAUCAGGUUCUCAAAACUCUGGAUCUUUCUUAAAUAAUAUUCCAAGUAUCAACUACGGCAGCCCUAGUCUUUCUGGAUCUCUCUUCCCUUCAGCUUCAUCUAACUUAAACUCUGGGUCACCCUUCAAUAAUGUACCGAGCUCUAAUUACGGUAGUCCCAACCUCUUCUCAGGUGACUCACGCCCAUCACCAUCGUUUAGCAAUAACAAUGGUCUAUUUCCUGGUGACUCACACUCUUCACCAUCAUUUGGACCCGUACCAGAGCAAAAACAUGUGUAUGUAUACGUUGCUCCUCCAGAGCCAGAAGCAGAAUCCAAACAACUUCAUAUUCCUGCUGCACCAGUAAACCACAAAAUCAUCUUCAUCAAGGCUCCGUCUCAGUCAGCAUCUAGGACACAUGUCGUGCCAUUGGGUGCCGAUCAAGAGAAGACAUUGGUUUACGUAUUGGUGAAGAAGCCGGAAGAUCCUGAAGUCCAUUUGAGAACGCCUGCUCCUACUCUAGCAUCCAAACCAGAGGUUUACUUCAUCAGAUACAAGACCGAAAAGGAUGGAACUGGAGCGCCUAGCAACGGGUUGCCUUCUGUAGAAGAUAACAGAAGGGGGGCAAACAAUGGAGGUUUUGAUCCUAGCAGCAGUGGUUCUAGUCCAAACGGCGUAUCGCCUGUAUAUGGUCCAUCACGUUAGUGUUGUAAGAUAGUUUAUUUAUAUUUUUUUAUUGCUCUUCUUUGUAUAUAGCUUAUGCAUAAUAAAAAACUCGGUGACAAAUCAUA